AUGGCAACAAUAAAAGUGCACGGAAACCCCUUCUCAACAGCCACCAUGCGGGUUACUGCAACUCUGUAUGAAAAACAGCUUGAGUUUGAGUUUAUUUACAUUAACCUAAAGAAUGGUGAACACAAAAAGGAACCUUUCAUAUCACUCAAUCCGUUCGGUCAAGUCCCAGCUUUUGAACAUGGAGAUUUGAAGCUCUUUGAAUCAAGGGCAAUAACGCAAUAUAUUGAUCACGAGUAUGCUGAAAAGGGGACAAAGUUAACAAGCAGUGACUCGAAGAAGAAGGCAAUAAUCGGAGUAUGGUCGGAAGUGGAGAGCCAACACUACGAUCAAGUAGCAUCAAAACUUGUAACAGAAUUGGGGAUAAAGCCUUUAUUUGGAAAUCCUACGGAUCAAAAAGUUGUGGAAGAGAAUGAAGGGAAGUUGGAUAGUAUUCUUGAUGUGUAUGAGAAAAGAUUGUCCGAGUCAAAAUACUUGGGAGGUGAGUGCUUCACAUUGGUGGAUCUACAUCACUUACCUUCUCUUCAUUACUUGAUGAAGUCACAGAGCAAGAAACUGUUUGAGUCGCGGUUUCAUGUUAGUGCUUGGGUGGCUGAUAUUACUGCAAGAUCAGCUUGGUCUAAAGUCCUUGCCAUGCUACCUAAUUAA